CUUUCUCUCUUUUAUUAAUUAUUUUCCUUUCCCUCCUUUUUUUCUCCAAUCUUCACACAAUAAAAUUACAACACAAUCGAUACUCCAAUGCUUCUCAGAAAAUUUUCAUCUUCAUAAUAAUCAUCACAGUUCAGUUCAAGAUCGCAAACGAUGUCGUUAGAUCCAGCUGCAACCGCCACAACCGCCACAACCGCUACAACUCCAAGACCUAUUUCGCCAUUCCCAAAUCCAAACUCGAAACCGCACCAUCACUACACAUCGCAUUCUCAUCAGCAACAACAGCAACAACAACAAACCCUUCCUCUUCGUACUCCAAUUCCAUUUCAUUACCCGUUCCCUUCUCCCUCGCGCGCCGCCGCUAAUCACGCUGUUGGCGGUUAUCCGCCUCCGCCUCCGCCGCCGCUUUUGUAUUCUCACGGAGGUGGUGUUCGCGGUAUGAAUUUGGAUUAUCUAAGUCACGCCUUGCACGUGACUAGACCUCUUUCUCACGUGCAGUUUCCUCAUCUUGCUGCUGCUGCUACUUCCUCGCCUACCGUUAAAGGACACCUCAAGGUUACUGGUAGAUCUGCGGUUUCUGAUGUCAAUGGUCAUAAGGAUGCAAGUGCGAGAGAAAGAAGCAGAGAUGACACACUUACUGUUGUUAGAGACCGAAAAGUCAGAAUAACAGAGGAUGGUUCUCUAUAUGCACUCUGUAGGUCAUGGUUGAGAAAUGGUGUAAAUGAAGAAAGCCAGCCACCACAGAAAGAUGCAACGAUGGCACUUCCCAAACCAUCACCUGCAUCUAUAGUGGACACCUGUACCUCAAACAAGAAAGAUGAUGAAAAUGACGAAGAUGAGCAAGAAGAGGACGAGAAGUCUGUUGAGCACUUAUCGACACAAGAUCUAUUGAAGAGACAUAUCAAGCGUGCAAAAAGGGUUAGAGCACGUUUAAGGGAAGAACGGUCGCAGCGCAUUGCAAGAUACAGAAGUAGGCUAAGGCUUUUGGUUCCUCCGCCGGCCUGAACAGUUUAGAAAUGACACUGCUGGGUAUUGACCUUGCUGACUCUAAAGAUUAGGGUUACUAGAUGAAUCUUCACUGUAAUGUAUUGAAUUUAAAAUCGUUUGCGGUUCCUUGAAAAACAAGGUUUAUCCUGUGUAAAAAUCUAAUAAGAAAUGGAUCUAGAUUUUACA